GCCGGCAGGUCUGGAUGCAAACGCGAGAAGUACAUAAUACUACGCGGAAAAGGUCUUCUAACGUGCCGGCCGCUACCAUCAUGGCACGCAGGCGGAGAAACCACACUGGGGAUACUACCGGCACUCCCACCCCUGCUGCCAGCACUAGUAAUCUGGUGCGAAGGCGUCGCCAUCCUAGAGCUACUACUACCACAGCUGGAGACAUUACUACUGCUGCGCGCGGCACGGCUCUCAACACGAGUGGCAACGGGGCUUCUAACAUCUCUCAUGAGGUGAUGCCAGAUGAUGGGCACUGCUGGCUCAAGUACGGGGAGAAACGACUCGUGAAAUCCAACUGCCACAGGUCCUACUUCCGCUGUGCUCGCUCCACGUGCAUCACCCACCCUGCCAGCGACGCAUGGAACCAGGAAGAUACAGGCGCAUCAGCAGCAGGAUCAUCAGCCGCAGCACUGGCUUCGUCUUCCGAAUCGUCUGAUCAGCCUCCUGCUCCUGCUGCUCCUGUGGCUCUGGAUACCCCUAACGUCGUCCAGAACUGUGCGGCUCGCAAGCGCGUUGACUGGCAGCUGAUUCCUUGCACCCCUGCCGCCCUGCCGCCUCACUUGUCGCCCGGCACUAACCUUGCAGCGCAGCACCAGGCGGGCGGCACACCCCCUGAGUCCAUCCUGUGCUUCCGAGUGACAUACCUCAACGAGCACAACCACACUAGCCUGCCCAUCAGCCUGCGCCUUGCGCUCUCUGCAGCACAAGAUGCAGCACAGACCGGUGUGGGAGCGGGAUUUGGAUCUGAAGCACAAGUUGAGGCGCAGAACGCGCAAUCCACUAUAUUCGGAAACGACCAGCAGUCGGUGCAACAGGCGCAGGCGCAGCCACAGCAUUUGUUGCAGCAGCAUUUGAAGCUCUUGGCGCAGCAACAGCAGCAGCAGCAGCAGCAGCAUCUGCCGCAGCUGCCAUCCUCCUCAGAAUCUCAGCUGCAGAUGCAGCAGCCAGAGGAGUGCAGAGCGGUCUUUCAUUCCAAUUCCGCCCCGGGCUGUCUGACCCAGCACCCGCUCUCAUCGCCCUCCCUGGGCAAGCGGUCAAGAGAAGACGACUCCCUGCUCUCUGACCCGUGCAUUCCCUCGCAUGCCUUGCAGUCGCCUCUCGCCCAUCGCACGUCGCAUGACUUUGAUGCCUCCCAGGCAUCUCCAACGUCCCAUGGCUGUCAAACCCCCCGUGCGUUUCAUGCACCUCAUGCCUCUGGCUGCCUUGGGCCUCCUAAGCCCGGUAAGAUGGGUCUCUCGCCUCCCGCUGACCGCUGUUCCCCAUGGACCAACCCCCGGGACCAGCAAGGUUGGAAGGAUGCUGGACGGUGCACUGAGGUGCAGCAGCCGCAGCAGCAGCCGGAGCAGCAGCAGCAGCAGCAGCAGUGGUAUAAUCAUCACCAUCAGCUUAGUUUUGGGGCGCCUCAAAACCAGCAGUGGUAUAACCAUCACCAUCAGCAAGUGCAGCAGCCUCAGUUGUGCGUUAAUCACGAGCAGGCGCAGCAACCAACCCAGCAGGACCAUCCAUAUCAGCAGCAGCAGCCACUCGACCUGCACUCUUUGCUCGCCCACUCGGCUUUUUCCGCGCCUGCUUCUGCUCCUGCUGUAAUUUCUGCACAGACCCUUGGCACGAACGCCAUUGCUGGAGCAGGUGCGACUGGUGCAGGAAUAGCUGGAGCAGGUGCCACUGGUGGUGCUGCCAUUGCUGCUGGUGCCAUGGGUCCUGCUGGUGCCAUGGGCGCUGCUGCGGCUCCCAGGGCUUCACCAUCCUCAUCAUGCGCCCUCCCGGGAGGAGACUCCCACUCUCUGCUGCUCAGCAUGCUCCAAGCCAACGUCUCUCGUGCCGAAUUCUCUUCAAUUCCACGCAGCCAUGGCAGCAUCAUGAGCAGCGGCAGCAGCUGCAGCAACAACGGUGGUACCAACAGGAGCAGUGAGAGGAACGACAAUGGCAAUGGUGGGACUAGGGUUAUGGCUAUGCAUUUUGAGACAUCUAAAAACAAUGCUGGGACCAAAUGGAGCAGCGAGAGGGGCCACAACGGCAGGGGUAUGCCUACGCAUAUGGCUGGUGGCAGCUGGAGUGAUACCUGGGGCAAUGUGAUGACUGGUGGCAAUGUGAUGACUGGUGGCAGUGGUGGCACGAACAUCACCAGGAGCAGCAGCACCACCAAUGAGGGUCGGGCUGUGGAACUUGCCCCGUUACCAAUGCGAAUUUCUGUGGCAGAAACUGCCCCACAAGUUUUUCAGGCGCCUCAGAAUUCCCAGUGGGUGCGUUUUACUGUGGCAGAUUGCCCGGCGACAAAAACUGUCCCGCAGACUGCCACGCAUGCAAUUACAAGCUCGGGUGCGACAAACCUUGUCACCAAUUGCCACGAUUAUGAGUCAGCACCACCUCAGCUGCAGGGAUUGCUGGAGGAUCUGGUGCCACGUCAGCUGCUGCUCGGUUCACAGCCGCACACACACGCUGUGGCACAAACUCAGGCUCAAACCCAGACUCACACCCUUCCUUUUUUGUCCCCUCCUCUUGCACCAACCCCGACCAACACUCCGUUUCAAGCAUCAGCGCCUCCGUGUUCCUCACCUCUUGCCGGGCUUCAGCCGUGCAGCUGCUGGCCGUCGCAAGAGGAGGGGCAGAAGUUGCAGCAGCAGCAGCAGCAGCAGCAGCAGCAGCAGCAGCAGCAGCAGCAGCAGCAGCAGCAGCAGCAGCAGCAGCAGCAGCAGAAGCAGCAGCAGCAGCAGCAGCCGCAGCAGCAGCAGCACCAGCAGCACCAGCACCAGCUGCACCAGCAGCAGCAGCAGCAGCAGCAGCAGCAGCAACAGCUGCCACUACAGCAGCACCAACAGCAGCAGCAGCAACAGCAGCAACAGCAACAGCAGCAGCAACAGCAGCAGAUGGCGCCCAAAAUGAGGCCUGAAGCUCGGGUGCAAGGGCAGAUGCUACCACAGCCUCACUUACCUCCUCUCCCCCUUCCUUUCACCACUAGCGUUCUUCCAUGCGGCAGUUUGUCCCCUAGUGCGCAUCUCUGCCCCACCGCUGCCCAUCCCCCUCUGAUCCACGAUCACACGCCAUACGCAAACAGUACUCCUCCCUUCAAUGAGCAUUUCCACCUCCCCCAGGUGCCACCUGCAGAAUUUAUUUCUAAGACGCCUCAAAAAUCAAAUAGUGCUCCUCCCCUCAGCCAGCAGUUUCACCUCCCCCAGGUGCCACCUGUAGAAUCCCAUCAGGCAGGGCUAGGUACGCAGUCAUACGCUUCAAAGUCGCAGGAGAAUCCAGGUCAGCAGCUUGUGAUGCCAGGUCAUCAGUGGGAGGCUAGCUAUCCCACCAUUGGAUUAACCAACAGCUUUGUGACUGAUAAUGCCGCUUGCGAAUCUGCUGCUGGCGAUUAUGCUUUCCAAAACCAUGCGACGCCUAACACUAGGGCUCUCAAUCCUGAGAUGUGGAGUGUGGCUGCGGCGCAAAAAUCUGCAGAUAAAUUCGCAAGGACCGAAAGCGCGGGGCGCGAAGGGGCUGGAGAUGGGGAGGAUGAGUUGCUGAUGGAGGCGGCAGCAUGCCUGGUGCAGCAGGGAGGACUGGAGAUACUGGACUGGCUGCCAGACUGUCACGCAGAUGCCGAAGAGACACUCAUGUGAAAAGAGGUGCCUACACACGUUGGCUGUUCGCAUUCGGCUGCAUGAAUUGGACUUAGGUUGCUAUGAAAUGUGCAUGCGAUAAAUUUACAGGAUAGUG